AUCUGAGGGAGACUUUGAGGGCAGAAAGAAAGGAAGCAAGGAAUUGAUCAGAAGUGGGAAGAUGUCUCUUGUCACAGAGGACUUGAAAGCGAAAGCAGAGGUGUACAAUGGCGACGAGCUGUGCCAGGAAAAGUCCAAGUUUUUGCUGAAGGAAAUAGGGCUUCCCAACGGGCUUUUGCCUCUGAAAGACAUGGAGGAGUGUGGGUAUGUGAAGGAAACAGGCUUCGUGUGGCUGAAGCAGAAGAAGAGCACCACCCACAAGUUCGAGAAGAUAGGAAAGCUGGUUUCCUAUGCCCCUGAGGUCACUGCUCAAGUGGAGCACGGCAAGAUCAAGAAGCUCAAUGGUGUGAAGACCAAGGAGCUCUUGGUCUGGAUCACCCUCAGUGAUAUCUUCGUGGAUGACCCUCCCACCGGCAAAAUUACAUUUAAGACCCCCGCCGGCCUCUUCAGGUCGUUCCCAGUUUCGGCCUUCGAAAUUGAGGAGAAGGAGAAAGAUGGCAAGGAAGGUAAAGAAGCUGGAGCCACGCCCGUGGAAGUGAGAGAGGUCUGAUUUUCUAAAUUACGCAUAUCAUUAUUAAUAAUAAUGAUAACUUUUCUGUCUGCUGUUAUGGUUUCGGGUUAUUGUUGUUAUCAGAUGAUCCUUAUAGAUGUAAGUGGGUCCUAAAACCCAUGCUCACGCUUUCGCAUUAAAAGAAAUCAAUCCCUUUUUAUUUCGGCCACCACAUGUCCAGAA